CUGCAGAUUGUAAUAUUUUUAUUCGAACGACGAACGGAUUUUCAGUCCGGUUUUGGGCCCGCAUUGAGAAAAAGGUAGUUUUGUUUGUGUUUUGCGGCAGGCGGAAGCGGGCUGCCGGCGGGGUCCUUGCUGCUGGUAAGAGAGGCGUCGCGGCGCCGGCCUGCCCUUUCUCGUCGACGAGCGGCGGAGUCUGCAGCAUGGGUAAGUGCCGUGGUCUGCGUACAGCUAGAAAGUUGCGUAACCUUCGUCGUGAUCAGAAAUGGCAUGACAAGCAAUACAAGAAAGCCCACCUGGGCACAGCUUUAAAGGCCAACCCAUUUGGAGGUGCAUCCCAUGCCAAAGGAAUAGUCUUGGAAAAAGUUGGUGUUGAGGCCAAGCAGCCCAAUUCUGCUAUCAGAAAGUGUGUCCGAGUACAACUUAUUAAGAAUGGCAAGAAAAUUACAGCUUUUGUUCCAAAUGAUGGUUGCUUGAAUUUCAUAGAGGAAAACGAUGAAGUUCUGGUUGCUGGUUUUGGUCGAAAGGGGCAUGCCGUUGGUGAUAUUCCUGGUGUCCGCUUCAAGGUGGUUAAAGUAGCCAAUGUAUCUUUGUUGGCCCUAUACAAAGGCAAGAAGGAGAGACCAAGAUCCUAAAUCUGUCAUUAACAGCUAUGGAAAAUAAAACAUUUUAAAGUGUUUUCUGGUUAAUUUUAUUAUUAAACCUUUGCUAUUUGCGAAGUCCAUAAAUUUACAUCUCUGUAUUUAGGCUUUGCCAUUUGUGGGUUAUAUCCUUUUACCAUCUUGAUCAAGGCUCGCAAAAUUAACAAGUGAGUGGUACUACUUAUGUGGGACCAGAACCCAACACGUUGUGGGUACCUGUCCAGUGCACCCUGUACAGUAAGCAAAGAUCUCAAUAGAAGGUCUAGUUCUAAGAUAUUUGAAUGUUUCUUAUGUUACGUGGAACCAGCAAUAAUAGAUGUGGAAAGGAGUCUGGGAAUUAUUGCAAAACAACUAAGUUUAUUAACACUCAAGCAGAAACAAUUAAACAAACAACUAACUUAAAACGGUGUUAACAGUGCUAUGCGUCUAUAGUUCCCAAACAGUUAAACUUAGGAACAAUUCUUAAGAGUCUUACUGUCAAUUCAGAAAGUUUCAAGUAUUCAUGGGGGAAUUGAUAGAGACUUUGUUUUGAAGUGUAGCAAAGUGACAAUCUUGAAGACAGAUUCAAAAUACAGCGAAGAAGUGAGUCUUGUUGAGGCCAGUUCAUUGGCUAUAUUUAAGAGGAAGUUAGAUAUGGCCCUUGUGGCUAAAGGGAUCAAGGGGUAUGGAGAGAAAACAGGUACAGGGUUCUGAGUUGGGUAAUCAGCCAUGAUCAUACUAAAUGGCGGUGCGGGCUCGAACGGCCUACUCCUGCACCUAUUUUCUAUGUUUCUAUAAUGCCUUCAGUUAAGGUGAGCAAACAGUGUCUGGCUCAGCAAAUUUAUGAGCAGUAACCUUAAAGAUUAUGAAGGCAGUCAUGGGGGGGUGGGGAGCAGUAUUUCCUGUUUCAAGGAACCAAACUCCAAAAUAGAGGGUCAAUGAAAUCCAUAGAGAAUUGGUCAUGCAGCACAGCAAAAGGCUCCGGCCUACUAUGUCCACUAUCAUGUACCCAUCUAUAUCAAUCCCAUUUAUAGCAGUUCUGUAAUCUGUCUCGGUAUUCAAAAUGCUCGUAUGGAGAAAGUCUCCCCCUUCCCCUUACUGAUAAACAGUAUGUUCCAGAUUCCAGUGAGCCUUUGGAUGAAAAUGUUGGUCCACUAAUCCCUUCUGAACAUCAUCUGCAUUGUUCUCCAGUACUGGACAUUUGUGCUGUGGGAGAGGGGAGAUGUUCCCUGUUCCUUAUUUAUACUUCUCAUACAAUGCAUACCUCUGAGCUCAGGAAAACAAUCCAAUUUGCUCAUAACUGCUGGGUGGUGGAGAGAGUCAACAGCUUUAAAUUUCUGGAUGCUUAAACACAUUAGAUGAUUUGUCCUGGGCCCAGCACAUACAGUAGAUGCUACUACAAUGAAGGUGCACCAGCAUCAUUGGAAGUUAUGGAGAUUUGGUUUGUCACUGAUGCUCAAAUUCAAUACAAAUUGCAGUUUAAAGUACAGUAUUCUGUCUAGGUGUAUUGUGGUCUGGUAUGGCAAAUUGAAUGUGUAGGAACAUAAGCUAAAAAGUAGUGAAUUCUGCCCAAUAAAUCAUGGCUACAUCACUCCCCACUAUUGCUAGUAUCUACAGGAGGCACUGCCCCAAGGUAACAUCCAUUGAAGAUCUCUGCCCCAUGCCAUCUUCUGAGCUACCAUGGGACAGGAGGUAUAGAAGUCCCACACCACCAGGCUAAGAACAGCUAUUUCAACCAGAACAACACUAAUCACUACAAUUCUGCAAUACCAUUGUCAUUUUGCAAUAAAAUGGGCUUUCUCCCCCCCCUUCAAGUUGGUUUCUCUUGUAAAUAGUGCUAUAUUAUUUAUAGUGCCUGUGGUGCAGCUGCAAUUUUUUUAAUUGCAUGUGUAUAUUCAUGUACUUGUUGCAUAUGGCCUUAAAGUAGACUUUGAAAUGCUCCAUUUCAGGUAAUAUGCUGAUUCUCUGUAUCCUCUUCAAUGUAAUCGCAUCCUUCCUAUUGUGACCAGAGCUACACACACUAUUCCAUUUGUUGCUUAACCAAUGGUUUAUAUAAUUGUGCUAAAAUUUCUCUUUGCCUUUGGCUAAUAAAGCUGCCUUCACCAUC